AUGCAUAUAUGUAAGGCAAUUCGCAAGCGUUCUAUCCCUAUCGAGCCUUCCAAAUGUGGAACAGUUGAGAUUGGAGAUCUUGUCGUUUGCUUCCAGGAGAGUGAAGCUCAGGCAAUCUUUGACGCCCAUGUUCUGGAAAUCCGCAGGACAUUACUGGAACAAAUGAUGCAUAUGGGGGAAAAGAAGUUUGUGAAGAGGUCGGACUCGGAGACCUCAACUUAUCUCAAGUAUGAUUGUCUUAGCAUUGUUUGUACAAUUGGAGUAGUGCAAAAUCAUGCUGAAACAAUGCAGCCUCGUGUUGAUGAGGGGAAACAUUAUGUUAUUCCUGUACCUCCAUCAGAUAUGAUUCCGAAUUUCAAGGGUAUGCUGAAAUCUGGAAUUCGUUCUGAUGUUACUUUUCAAGUUGGCAACGAAUUCUUCAAAGCCCAUAAGUCGGUUUCUUGGGCCAUGUUGCUAUUCUUGUACUCAGAUGAACUUCAUGAACCACGUGAACUUUGUGAUUUAGAUCCUCAUUGCACUUCAACUACAAUUAUACAACAUUUGUUGGUUGCAGCAGAUCGCUUUGUUCUUGCACGAUUGAAACUCAUGUGUGAGGAAAAAUUAUGUUCAGAAAUAACUACAGAUAGUGUGGCAACAACACUGGCCCUUGCAGAUCACCACCAUUGCUUGCAACUUAAAACUGACUGUCUAAACUUUGCAGCUGAGCCCGAAAAUGUGGGAAAGGUUGCGAAGUCUACACAAUUGGAGAAGAGUAAUCCCUGA